AUGCAGACAAUGAUACCGAGGCACGCUCUUCACUCGAGUGUGCACGUCCUCCUCCUCUUCCCCUUCCUUCUUCUUUCAAGACAGAAGCAAUGUUCCACGUUCGUUGUACAUUCGAGAACAAAGGCGCUAUACACGACGAUUCGGAGACUACCUCACAACGUUACCUCAAUGAACCCUGGUCUUGUGGUUUUGCCAGGGAAUAAAACUUUCAAAUUUCUUCAAGCCGACAAAUGUGCCAACAUACUCCAUUCUUCGGUUCGACAAGGGCAGAAACGAGAGCUUACACAUGAAUUGUGA